AUGUUCUUCAAGAAGAAGACCUCAGUGGUACCUACCAAAUCGAAGGUUCUCGUCCCCCUCUACAUUUACCCUUCCCCUGGUGCAUGGGGACGGUUAAUUCAAAGCAUUUCUACGUAUCCGGGUCUUGAAUUCAUCAUCGUGGUCAAUCCUCACAAUGGCCCUGGACAAUCACUCGAUAGUAACUACCGAAGAGAAAUCCAACAAUUAAACUCAUAUCCUAAUGUUACGGUUGUCGGCUAUGUCUCUACUGCAUAUGCAACCAGGCAAUAUCCCGACAUUCUAGAAGAUGUCAAAACUUACGCCGCUUGGAGGCUCGAAGAUGAUGGGCUCGGCGUUCGAGGCAUAUUUUUCGAUGAAACGCCGAACCAAUGGUCCGCCUCAAACGAAACAUUUCUAGCAAACAUUAACGCUGCUGUAAAAGGCAGUUCUGGUCUAGGAGCAGAGCCUCUUGUCAUUCACAAUCCAGGAACCGUCCCUCACAAGAAACUAAUGUCCGGACAAUGUUUACCAGAUAUCAAUGUGGUGUUUGAAGCAACUCACCAGACGUAUCGGGAGAAUGCUUGCGAGAAAGCCCUCACGGAUCUUAAAAUGGACCCAGGACGUUUGGCGUGCUUGAUGCACUCUGUACCAGAAUCUUUGAUGUCCACACAUUCCGACGUUGCAUCGGAGACUCAAAAGCUGAGGUCGAUUGUGGGGACAUUGUAUAUCACUAGUCAGGCAACAGAACUCUAUACUGGCUUGGGGGAGCAUUGGGAAAAUUUCAUCCGGGCUGUUAGUCCCUAA